CCCCGCGGCAGCACCGCCUUCAGCCCUGUGGAAGGGUGGGACUGUGACUAUGUGAGAGUCCCUCUGUUUAGCGGUCUUCUUUCCAUUUUCUCCCCCAAUUAAUAGAACAAUUAAAUAUUGAAAGAAAAAAGAGUUCUCCAGAAAUACAGUCGCAGAGAAGAAGAAGAAGAAGAAGCAAUGACGACUCGUAUAGCGCCAGGAGUGGGAGCCAACUUGCUCGGCCAACACUCCGCCGAGAGAAACCAGGACGCCACUGCUUACGUCGGCAAUCUCGAUCCUCAGAUUAGCGAGGAGCUACUCUGGGAGUUAUUUGUUCAAGCCGGUCCCGUCGUUAAUGUGUACGUUCCCAAAGAUAGAGUCACAAAUCUUCAUCAAGGAUAUGGAUUUGUCGAAUUUCGAAGUGAAGAAGAUGCUGAUUAUGCAAUAAAGGUGCUUAACAUGAUUAAGCUAUUUGGGAAACCAAUACGUGUGAAUAAGGCAUCUCAAGAUAAAAAGAGUUUGGAUGUGGGGGCGAACCUCUUCAUCGGAAACCUUGACCCCGACGUAGAUGAGAAACUUCUUUAUGAUACUUUUAGUGCUUUCGGAGUCAUCGUUACAAAUCCAAAGAUAAUGAGAGAUCCUGAUACAGGAAAUUCCCGUGGUUUUGGUUUUAUUAGCUAUGAUUCUUUUGAGGCAUCUGAUGCAGCGAUUGAGGCGAUGAAUGGCCAAUAUCUGUGCAAUCGUCAAAUAACAGUGUCAUAUGCGUAUAAGAAAGACACGAAAGGAGAGCGUCAUGGUACUCCAGCAGAGAGAGUUUUGGCUGCAAGCAAUCCAAGUUCAAAGAGCAGGCCUCAUACUCUGUUUGCCAGCGGGCCUCCAACACUUCCCAAUGGUCCUCAGGCUAAUGGUACUAUGGGCGCUCCUGUGCCUCCACGGCCCUUUGCAAACGGUGCCGUUGCUUCAGGCCCGAUUCCUGCUCUCCGCCCGCCGCCACCCCAAGGUUUGCCCUUCCCACCCAUGCAGGUACCUGGACAACCAGGUUGGCAGGGUCAGCCACAGCAACCAGGUCAAGUUUUGCCACCACCUGUCAUGCCUCCGCCUCCAAUGCAGCAUUUUAGACCUCCCCCGAACAUGCCACCACCGCCCCAACAGGCCGCCCCGCUUCCUCAAAGACCUCUUCCACCUCCCAUGGGGAUGGCCCAACCACAAGGUUGGCGACCACCACCUCCUCCUCAGCAAAGGCCCCAACUCAUGCCGCAGGGAUCAAUUCCUCCCCUUCCCCAUCAUAACCUCCCCCCACCACCUCCUCCUUCAAGUUGAUUAUGCUUAUUGUAGCAUAUUUUCUAUUUCUGUUAACUAAGUUCCGAAAGUUAAGAGGGACUACUUAUUACUAAAAGAGCCCGAGUUUUUUAGAACUCAUCAACCUUAAUUAACAUGUUCUUAUAAUUUUGUUGAUUAAAUCUACUCCGCAAUCUAAAGCUCUCCUUGUACACGAGAAUUUUCUGAAGUGACCUUUGUUAUAUCGUGCAAUCUUAAUCCGUAGAUCAAUCAUGU